GUUAUUCCACAGGCUGCUCACAAAUGAAAGAGUCAACAGAGAUGGUACUGUUUGGCAGUGAUCAUCGUCAUGGCUUUAACAGGCAAUUAUUUGUUUUGCUUCUCGUUUUGGUCGCACUUGGGACAUUAAUGUCUUCUUCCCAUGCUCGUCCAGUAAAGGAAGUGAGUGUAGUUGGCGCGACUGAUCAGAAAGGGUUUGCAGUGGAGGGGGAGAGCAAUAGUUUGAGUUUAAAGAAGGAAGCUGUUGAUUGUGUUGGGAAAGCAAGUGAUGAAUUAGGAGAAACAUCCGGGAGAAGUGAAGAGAUGAUGAAAUCAGGAGGUGAUGGAAUGGGAAAGUGGAAAGAGAAUUACAUGGCAUUCAGCGCGGAUUACCGAUCGCCAAAGCCGCAUCCGCCCAGGAAUAACUGAUCCAUCCAUCAACAUAUGUCUUCCAAUCCUUAAUUAUUUGCUUUUGUUGUCAAAGAGUGAGAGAACAAUUUUCCCAACCUGCUCUCACUACCUCAUCAUCAUCAUCAUAUAUAUAUUGUGAAAAUAAACAUAUAUAUAUAUACAUAAUUGUACUCUAUUUGUAUGU